CUUGUUUUACACUGCUGUUAACUACAUUUUUUUGUCUAGAUCUGCUUAGCCUGAUAAAGCCAGUACACAAGUUUAGAUUGCCUUGCCUGAUGACCAGUAUGUGGACAUACGCUGUUAUAAUGCUGUGUCGACUUGAACGAUAAAGACUGACUGAAGCUGAGAACAGAAUGGAUUUGAUCACACUUCUUAUAGUUUGGCAUUGCCUCAUCUUGUGCAGUUCCUCAGAAGAUGUACCCAAGCUAGAUUUCUCCCCAGUGGUCGCCUCCAGGUUCUGCACACGCGGACUGCUAGCCCACCAUGACAUGCUGAGUUUCAACGUGGAGUUUGAGAACAUCUGGAGAGGCUGGAUCGAUGACGUCAUCUUCGUCCACAAAGCUGGCUCCGAUGACCACAUGGAAAAGUUGUGCAGCUUGCGUGGUCUACGCCUGGCCGUUUGCCAGUACCAAGCGAUCAUGGGCUGCUACUGUUCCGGCAAGUCUACCACCAAAUCCAUCGUCACUCUCAAUGUGACGGCUGACAAAUACGGCGACAUCAAGAUUCAACUUGUGCACACGCGUGGCUCGGUAGUCGAGUUUAGCCUCAAUGAUUACACAGUUUACGGAGAACCAAUGGUCCACGCUUACCUAGAUCGCUAUCCAAUUUUCCCAUAUGUACCGUGUGCUAAAGCAGUCAAAGGUGAAGGCUACCACGAGCUCCGCUUCUGCGUGGACAACCUUCUCGAGCCUGUGUUGAAGAUCGCUGUGAAAAAUUACGGCGAGGCCUCCAAUAGCUCUGGCCGCUGCGUGACGUAUUCGCUGAAUCUCUACGCUGGAGAGAGCCUCGCCACGUUUUCGUAUUUAGACGCCUGCAAACGCUCCAAGACGUUAUCUUGCUCUAUCACAGUGGAUCACGAGUUAUAUUCAGUAACCAAGCUGCUUCCAUGGACCCUGCCCUUGUUAGCGGCAGUCACACUCUUACCAUCUACUGCGUAUAUAUGUUACAAAGCCAGACAACAAAGCUUGCAGAAAGAUGAAGAGGCGUACGCUAAAAAACGAGAGGCUGUCGGUAGAAAAAAACUCACCAAUUUUCUACCCAUUUUGUGAAGAGUUCAGCAAGUGCGCAAGUGUUCACUAACGUUUUGGACACAUCCGGGUCACAGAUGAGGUGAAAGCGUCUCAAACGGUGAAGUGAAAAAGUCAGAACUGUAGUUUUUUUUUUUUUUUUCGUGACAUCUCUAUAGUCUGUGUAAUUAAUUGAUUUCUCUUUCAAAUAAGAUAUUUACCAAUCUUGUCAAACAGAGAACCUUGACCAUGACUUCACAUGAUUUGUGAAGCUAGUGAUUUAAAUUAAGUAGUCUCAAAGUGACAAGUACAUUUCUUAGAAGACAGCUGAUCACAUUUACUACAUACUUUUAUACAAUCAGUAGAUAGAAAAAAUAUUUAUACUGUAUAUUUUUAUAUAUGUAUAUAAGACUGAAAUAAAGUGCUUUCUAUUUAUAUAUUUAUUAAUAUUUAGAUUAAAUCGGCCACUUGCACGCAAUGGCUUUGUCUGCAUAAUAUUUGACAAAAUAUGUAGGUCACAGGUAGGUUUGUGCUGACAUGCAGACUUCUUUAACAAAUAUGGACUCUGGGUGAUAUGACAAUUCUAUUACAUAUUUACAAUAUAUACAUUCAGACACCUUUUUUUUCUUCAGUUUAUGGCUUUUAGGUUAUUUGUGAUAUUUUUUUUUAAAGUGGUAAAAACAUAGAUAUACACUUAUUAAAUAUAUGUUGAUGAAUGUUUGAUAGA